AUGCUUGUAUAUGGGGAUCCGGGGUACAUGGAGGAAAACAAGGGUUCUAAACUUUACAUCAUCACAUUUUUGUUCCUUGCCGGCGCGAUUCUCAUCGUCACACUAAGGUUUGUAGGCCUUGCUGUCAUCACAGGUACUACUCUGACCAAAUCGCGUAGAAUAUUCAGUCGAUGGUAUCUCCUACGAGCCCGACGAACAACACUGUCGGAGGACCUGAUCGUUACAGCAGUGUUGGUCGAUGUCGCCUCAUGCAUCUUGAUUCACUUCCAGAUCCAUACCGGGAUGGGUAAGCACAUUGAGUACUCACGCGCUCGUCCGGCAAUGCUUGUAGAGAGUAUGAAGAUCGGACUAGCGCAGAACACGACUUAUCAGGCGCUGGUCGGCCUGAUCAAAUUGAGCAUCCUUGUCCAGUUCCACCAGCUUGCUCUACCUGGGAUGCAAAAGCGGGUGAUUCUGUGGAUUAGCGUCUUUGUCUUGAUAUUCACCCUGUUCACCGUAUUCGCUGCGAUCUUCCAAUGCGUUCCAAUGAAUGCUGCGUGGGACCCUGAGAAUUUUCCCAAGGGAUGCUGGAACAUGAUGGCCGUGAAUUUCUUCACAUCUUCUAUAAAUACGCUUUUAGACAUUGUUAUUUUCGUGCUCCCAAUCCCGACUAUGCGAAAGCUUCAAAUCACCUCAAAGAAGAAAGUAACAUUAGUUCUAGCGUAUGCUAUGGGUCUUCUAGCACUUGCAUGCUCAAUUGUUAGGCUAAGAAAUAUCAUUCAUUUCAAUGGUGAGGGCGAUUUCACUUACAUCGCUUGCAUGGUUCCAGUCUGGGGGGCAGUUGAGUGCAAUGCUGGCAUCAUCUGUGCUUCGUUUCCGUUUGUUGUACCUCUGUUCAAAUGGAUAAGUGGCUCUGUCGCUGAAACCGUGUCGGGGUCACAUCUAAACCCUUUGUCAGGAAGAGGCCACGAGCUACAACGAUCUGAUAAAAUGAGCUGGCCGCUGACUUCUAGACGUCAGGCAGACCAGCAGCGCUUACGUUCAGAGUCAACGGAAAACAUAAGAGUCGAUUCUGAGACCACCAUCGUCGUUUCCAAUGCAACGACUAAGUCUGAUGGGAAGCAUGUCGAAAACUUUUAG